AUGUCGCCUUCUUUCGAAUUCUUCGCCUGCCUCUUGCUGUAUCUGCCGUUUACACAGGCAGCUUUGACCGUCACAGUCCCCGAAGGCCCAAUUCAAGCCAAACCGGGUUCUGAUGUCCUGCUGCCUUGUUACUUUGAGGAGUCUUCUGGUCACAUAGAUCCCAAACGCCUGGCUGUGAUAUGGAGUGUGGGUACAAGAGAUAUUGCUAAGUAUGAAGAUAAGUUAGAAGUCUUUCACCCGGGGGCAAAGAUGUCUUCUGAAGGACUGCUGCGGGGCAACGCCAGCAUCCUGCUUCCAAAUGUUCAGGAUGCAGAUGGCACCACUUACACUUGCUUUGUUAUCCACAGUCCUGACAGUGAAAAGAAGUCAGUAGUGUUGAGAGUGGAAGCUGCCCCACUUGUUAAACUUGGCUCCACAACAGUGCAGUUGACCAAGCCAAGCAUGGUUGCAUGUAUAGCAACAGAUUUCUAUCCUGGCAAUAUAUCCAUGACGUGGUUCCGAAAUGAUAGGAUUGUGCAAGGCCCUGAAUGGCCUCCUGCUCAGCCCAGCACUGGCCAAUUGUUCAGAGCAGAAAGCCUCUUGAAGCUCACACCAGAAUUUUCGGAUGCCAACGCCAACUACUCUUGCCAAAUCCAUCACCAAGCAAGCAAAGGGCCAGAGGUACUAAAAUUCCAGCUUCACCUGCAAGCUCGGCCUAUCCUUCAGCUCACCACAAUGCCACAGGGGGAGACAUUUGUUGUAGCCGUGUGCAACCUGAGCAAAUUUUAUCCCUCUCAAAUCAAUGUUCAGUGGUUGCAAAGCGGAGUGCCACAAGAGCAAAUAAAGUCGGAGGUCCACCGCAUGCACAACGGAAUGUUUUCCAUCAACAGUGUCUUCUUACCACAGAAGAAUAACGUUAAAGUCACUUAUGUUUGUCGAGUAGAACAUGAAGGUUUGGAGACCCCAUUGGAACAGUCUGUCCAUUGGCAGCCAGAAGGUGAGGGAGAUGUGAUUAUUCCUGCAAGUCUCCCAGUUACCCAAAAUACUAGGACUACAUUUUUUCUCUCACCUUCUCGGCCCACAGUUACUCCUUCAAUUCCAUCAAUUCCAGUGAUUCCUUGGCCGUUGGGAGUUAUCCUUGCACUUGUGUGUGGAUUUAUCCUUGGAGCUGGAAUAGUAUCCUGUAUAUGUAAAGCCAAGAAUAAUUCAGUUACACAAAUGUCCAGUGAGAAAAUGUCUCUUCAAAAGAUGGAUAAAGAGAAGUCAGCUGACGUCUCAAAACCCAACAUGGGAGAGGACGGGAGUGGAGUCAUAUCUACAGAAGAGUUGGAGGAUGUGCAGGAACAGCGACUUUGACUGGAUGGCUACUAUAUAUGUU